AUGGAAUCUAAAUGGGCGGAAGUACGAGCAAUCUUAUUAGAAAGAGAUGGAGAGUUGUCUCGGGAAACUUCAAAUGCAGAUUGCACUUUUGAUGAAGGGAAAAAUAAUGUAAAUCAAAUGACGGAUACAAUCAGUAAUUUGGAAAAUAUCAUUAAUGAACAGUCAAGAAAGCUUGAUCAUCUUAAAAUGGAAAGACGGAAGCUUAAAGUUGCUAUUCGGCAGCUACUGGAUUACAAAUACAAGAGGACUCGUGAUGAAAAGCAGCAUGAAGAGCUAAUUUCAGGCCUUUAUAAACAACGAGGUUUUAUGGAUAGGGAAUUGACGCUUCUUUUUGCUCUUAACGAUUCGAAAGAUGAACUUGUCAAAAAGUUACAAGCUGAACUCAGAAAUAUAUGUUCUGAGAAAUCAAAAUUACAUGAUUUAGCGUCAUUUGAAAAUGACAAGAUGCAUACAAAGCGACUGGAAAUGGAAAAAGAGCACUUGAAGUUACAACUACAUCUUUCUCUGGGAAAAAAUCAAGAAACCGAGGCUCAGUUUUCAUUUGCAAAUGUUAGUCAGCUUUCAUCAAGACAAAUGAAUGCUAUAGAAAGUACAAGUAUGGAGAAAGUUGCCCAUGAAGAAAUUGUUCCAUUGUCGGAACGCAGAAGUAACAGAUACGUUGAUUUGGAAUCGAUAUUUCAUCUAGAUCAUAAUGACUUAAAGUGUGGAAACCAGUCAUUAAUGAAUUCAUUAACUUCAAAAGGAGUUAUUCAGCAUUGCGAAAUGGGAACAAUGACAGAUUUUAUUCAGAUAUCUCAAGAUACUGUUCAAACUCCCAAGCAUAGAUCUAAAAUCAAGUUGUUUAAAAUUAACAGUGGAGAAGAAGAGCACUUAUCACAGGUGUUUGAUGUUAGUGGUAAAACUAAUAAUAAUUCAAUUCUGGAAUCAGAAAAUUUAUUAUUGCGUGAAUGUAUCGAUCAUUCCACUGAAAUGCAAGAUAAUUUGACUGAUGAUAUAAAGCAGCUCAUGAUAUUGAAUACUGAACUUGAGACUGCUGUGGAGUCGUUAGUUGAUCGCGAGGAGUUAUCAAAAAAAUUAUACAAGGUAUCGGAACUUCAUGAAAAAGAAAUUAAACGGUCUAAUAGAUGUGAUCUGGAUCAGCUGAAAUAUGUGGAUUUCGGAAAACAACAGGAGGCUUUGGUAGCAUAUGAAAAUAAUCGCGAUAUGUCUGAUUGGCAGAUGGAGACUCAAGGUCUAGAAGGCAAUCAGAAGGGGUUAGAAAGCGCUUUUAUCCAACUGUCAAGCCAAUACCAUGAUUUUCAAAAAGCUCACAAUAUUCCAUAUGUUGACAUUCAUUUAUCCAAAAGCGACUGCAGUUCACAAACAGAAUCGCAAAAUGAGGCAUAGUUGGAGAGACAUUAUAUGAAGCUGAAAUAUGUUCAAGAUAUGAUACGGAAACAGUUUUUGGCGAUACUGAAGGAUGUCAAAUAUCUACGUGAAGUAAAUAUAAAAAUAUUAAAGGAUUUCCUUGUUGAAAGUGUAGAAAUGAUGCAAACUCUGCUGCAAAGAGCUUCGGAAAAAGUUCUUCUUUGUUUACAACAAGAAUUUCUAAAAUUGUUCACCGAAGGAAAGUUGAAAAAAAUGGAAAUCGCAUCUGCAUUUGAACGGCUUGUUAAUUUCCUCUUAGCCGAAAGUGAUUUUUCAAGAACACAGGGGAUGACUCUUUCUCAUGCUAUCGAUGCAGUUGAAAAAGAAUUUAAGAAAAUAAAAUCUGAGAAUAUUGCACUUCGGAAAAAUUUACAAAUACAGAAAACUAAUAAAUUGUUUCUGGAAAAGAAAAUGAAAGAGGCUCUUGCUGAAAAAAAUGAAAAAUCAGAACUGAGGAUUUGUGAAUUGCAAAAUUUGCUUGAGACAGCGCAGUCUUCAUUAAUAGAACAUGUCAGUAAAUGUCAACAGCUUCAGGCAAAAAUUGAUGAGCUAAGUUCUGUAGUGGCUACAAAUAAUCGCACAGCAGUCAGAAGUGGUAACCAACCUAUGGUUUGGUUUGGUAGUGAUGAUCUGUGGAAGUGCUCUACACCGUGUACGAUUUGUCGUGAGCUAAAAGAAACAAAGCAACCAGUUUCAACACCGCAAAUACAAUUAGCCAUUUUAGCGGCACGUUUGACGACUACAAUAGCAGACAACGAUGGUUUGGUUCGUUGCAAUGCAGAGUUGGCACAAACGAAUCUGAAUUUGCAAACUGAAAUUGAUAAGCUGAGAAAACAGAUGUCUUCUCAUGACAGUUCUAUCAACAUCACCAGUAAUGCUACAGUAACCGCAAAACAGUCGUCUGUGCAACACUUUUGUGAACAUAUACCUGAGCAGGCUUCUACAUAUCAAUUGCAGUGUAAUUGGGAUGUAGAAGAAAUGUAUGAUCACAAACCCAAAAACAGUUCCGAAGCUCACAAUCAUCGAUUUUCCCCAACUAGUCAACCAGACGAGAGGAUUAAGUCGGAGGAGUUAUAUUUGCUCGGUGAAGGAGUCGCAAACAGCAGUAUAAGUGGGGUUACCAUGAAAGACCCAAAAACAAAAUUAGAAGAUGCAAGGAAAUAUAACGAAAGUUUUAGAGAGAAAAAUAAAAAAUAUUAUCCUGAAGUUGAAAGGUUGGAAAAGCAUCUUGAAGGUAGACGAAAGUGCUUUGUGAAAUCCAUAAGUAAUGAUAGAGAGGAAGAUGUUAGAAAUAGUCUCAAAAUAACCCAAACUGAAGAAAACGAAAACAGAAGUGUUUCUUCGUUGGAAAAUCAGAAAGAACAGUUGGUAGCAGCUAUUGCAGAUCUAACUCAGGAUCCUGAAGGACAUGAAGGAAAGUUGGAGGCUUCUGCUGUUCUGUUAAAAAAGGAAAAGGAAAAGAAAUCCUCACUUCAAACUAAGCAAGUGCAAAUAUUUAAGACACGGAAGAAUGUGGAAAAUAAACAAGACAUUCAUGCAUCUAAUGUAACGUGUCAUGAGUAUCUUGAAGGAGAAUCUUCCUUUUCUUGUAGGAAAAUAAAUCAGAGUUUAUCAAAACAACAGCCUAAUCUUCAUACUGAAAAGUCAGAAAGAAUAAAUGAAUGGAAAAGAAGGUUCCAUGAAAUUGAAGAACAGAAUAGAUUAUUAAAGAAUAAUGAGCAAGAACUCAAGGAUGCUCUUACAUUGGCAAAUGAGCAUCUAAUGAAAGCUCAAUCCGAAAAUGAAACUCUCAAGUUCAGAGUCAGCGGUUUAGAAGAUUUGAUGAAAACUAGAAAUGUUAUUUCGCAAACAAAUCGUGAAGCUGAAGACGAAAAUGUGAAGGGGAAGCAAAGUCUGACUACAUUUCCGAAUACUGUGAAUUUUGAAAAACACCGCCAGCUUCAAGAAAAGGUUAGCGAGCUGCGUAAGCAAUACAAAAAGGCUAUUCAUGACAAAGAGCUAGCAGAAAAAUUUGCUGAUGCAAUGAAACAGAAGCUUAGUAAUUUAAGCGAAUAUGAGAGAGAAAGAAGAGACAAUGAUGUAUCUUCAACGUCGAGCUCAGUUUGCUCAAAUACUACCAUGUUUUCGAAUGAAUCUGACGAAAUGGGUAGUUUGAGAAACAAAGAAUCUAUAGUACCAAAUAAUUCACGUGAUGAAUCCUUCGAACUGAUGAUACAAAGAACCGUUGAAAAUUUCAAUCAAUUGAAUUGUGAUAAGUUACGGCGGCGAAAAGUCGGUGGUGGAUUCCGUGGACGUGAACGGCUCUUAGCGCUCGCUUUUGAAGUGCUAUUUUUGCUAGUGAGUAGUCAUCUGCACAACUUUUUCAAGUGUUUACAACAUUGUGGUGGAGUUGAUGAGUUGUAUGAGCUGAAUAGGAAGUUCACGGAAUAUUUUGUUGGGUUAAAUGAGAAACCGCAAUCACUUAUGGUAGUUUCUGAAGGAAGCAGUCCAAGUAGUGCUAUUCUACAUGUGGCAGAUUCUCUGCAAGCAGAAACCAGUGUUACAAAGACUCCUGUACGUUCAGAAGUGAAAGCAGUUCAAAAACAAAUAGUAAACAAGCAGGGUUUGAUUGAUACCUCCGGUAAAGUUAAAGUCAUAUUAGUUGCAACUGAUGGAUCUGCUUCAUGCGCUCAAAAUUCUGAUAUAUCAUUUCCGAUUAUAUGCAUUGAAAUGGAUGCGAGAGUGGGAUUCCCAGUAUCUCAAAACGUUGAAACUACUAAAGCUGUAAAAAAAUCAAGCCAAGAGUGUAUUAGGAACUGCCAUAUAAUUGUUUCUGAACCUUGUCGUCUUGAGAAAACAUCCAAAAAUGGUGGUGUCUUACGAUCAAAAAGUCUUGAUUCUUCUAUUUCUAUCACAAAUGGAAAACAAUGUGCGAAGUCUGCGAAGUUGACUUCUACAGGCACGUACAUUACUUCUACUUCAAGAACACGCUUGAAUUGUGAAGAGGCUGUCGAAACAGCUCACAGCGAUUACAUCAGUCAAUGUGUGCAGAUGGAAAUUCCGACAGAUUUCACACUUUUAGGCAAUUUGCGUUAUAUCUUAACAACAUGUUUGCAAAUGCAACACACAUGUCAAGUUGAACGGGAAGGAGGUGCACCAAUAAAUAGUGAUUACAUGAAGCAAUUAGAGCAAAAAAUUAAAACAUUUGUGGGACUUUUGACUGAAACCAUAGAACGAAAUACGUGUGUAAAAUCCAAAAUCUUGCUCUUUAAUCUUUCUCAUGGCUUGAAUAGUGAGCAAUAUACCAAUUGGAAAUCUACGCAACAGUUUAAUAGCGUUGCUAAUCAGAAUACAACUGAUUUAUUGGUGAUAGCAAUCGAAGGGUCAAAAGAUCAUUCUUACGAGCAACUUGACAGUGAAGCUUUGCAGUCCUCAGUAACUAAGAAAAUUGAAUUAAUUAGUAACUUUCGUGCAAUUGAUGACAAUAAUAGUACUGAUUACUCAAUUUCGAAAAAAAUUAUAUCUGAACUACGGAGUGAAAAUAUAAAAUUGAAGGAAGAACUAGAGCAUGCAAAUGAUAAGUUGGAAUGUCUCAAUAUGGAAUUAAAGAAUUGGGCAAAUAAGUUACGAAUAGCCGAGAAUGAUUUGAAGCAAAUGAAACAGCAUAACUGCAAUUUAAGCCAAGAUCUCAUUCGUUUACAGAAAGUUUUUUCAUGUGGUCAUUUAAAAUGUACGAAAGAAAGCAUUAUAAAACAUAACAGGAUGGAGCAUGGUACUGACGAGAUUUGUGAUUUAAAAAUUGCUUUCGAAGGAAUGAGUCACAGCAAACAACAGCUUCAUGACCAGCUAUAUAUUGCUAUGGAAGAACGGCGACAGUUGCUUACUUUGCGCGAUCAUCUUUCAUCACAGCUUAUGGAAACUAGUAAACGAAGUAAAGGGUUUGAAAGGAAACUGCUGGUAGCAUCUGCAGCACGAAAUCGAAAUACAUUGAAAAUCAUUGAAAUGGAAUCGGAAAUAAAGAAGCUGAAGACAGACUUGCAAGUUGUGUCGCGAAAUCAAGAAGUAGAGAAAGUAAAAGUUCCAUAUGUAACUGUUGACACUGGCUGUCCAGUAACUCCGGUUUUUUCUGCUUCAAGAAGUACCUCUGAAAACGUACCAGAAAGGUCUAAGUCGACAAGUGCUGCAGUGUCAGAAGAUGUAAAACAGCAAAUAUCCAAAAAUUCUUUUAGUGUUCUACGUUCAUUAGAAGAAGGAGUCAGUGUCGAAAGUAACGAGAAGUUUGAUGUUGAUAUUCAAAAAGUAUGUUAG